GGCCGGGUGAGGACUCCCAGCGCGAGCCCUUCCUGCCAGGCGAGGCGGGUGCCCUGCUCCCUCGGUGGCUCCUGGCGUCCGGUGCCCUCGGCCUCCCCUCGUCUGCCCAGCAGCCUCGGGGUUUGCCGUCCGGAAGCCAUGCUGCUCUUGCUGACCCUCGCUGUCCUGGGGAGCCCCGUCUGCUGGGCGCAGCAGAUGUACGGCAUCGGGGGAGGCACCUAUUUCAGCACCUCCGAGGACAACCAAAACAAUGUCACAGGGAUUCGGGUCUGCACGGGGCUGGGACUGAUUAAAAGCGUGCAGCUGCGGUUCGGGUCCUCCUGGACUGAUAAAUACGGCGUCCCGUGCAAGAGGAGCCAGGAAUUCCUCCUGCGGCAGGACGAGCACUUCGUAGCGGCCUACGGGGCGUACGGCCUGUUCCUGCGGUACCUGGAGCUGCACACCGACUUCGGGCGCACGGCCAUGUUUGGCACAGCGAUCGGCCAGACCUUCUCGGCCUCCCCCAGCCAGGAGGGGCAGGUGCUCACGGGCCUGUUCGGCCAGUACAAGCUCCUGGGCAUCUCGGGCCUCGGCUUCCGGUGGCAAUACCCACUGGAGUAGUCGACGAGCCCACUGCUAGCCAGUGCCACUAAAGAGCGAGCGCUGUAGGGACGGGGGCACAGGGGCUCCCGCGGGCUGAGGCCGCCUGCCUGGUUGGGGACUGGCCGGGGUGACCAAGCCAUGUCCCCAAACCAGGAUCUGUCAAUAAAUCAAGCUU